AGGAGGAGCUGGCAGUGAGCCGUGGGCCGCGCUGGUCUCAGCCAGAUUUCCUGGCCAAACGCGGGAGGAGAGAUGCCCUGGACCGUCCUGCUCUUUGCAGCCGGCUCCUUGGCUAUCCCAGCGCCAUCCAUCAUGCUGGUGCCCCCACAUCCCAGCAGCCGGGAGGACCCCAUCCACAUCUCAUGCAUGGCCCCCAGGAAUUUCCCGGGGGCGAAUUUCACACUGUAUCAAGGGGAGGAGGUGGUGCAGCUCCUGCAGGCCCCCGCGGACCAGCUCGAGGUCAUCUUCAACCUGAGUGGUGGCAGCAGGGAGGUUCCAGGGGGACCAUUCUGCUGCCAGUAUGGCGUGCUCGGCGAGCACAGGCAGCCUCAACUGUCGAACCUCAGUGAGCCCAUGCACGUCUCCUUCCCAGCGCCCACCUGGAUCCUGGCACUCUCCUUGAGCCUGGCUGGAUCCUUCCUCCUCCUCGCUGGGCUGGUGACCAUUGCCUUGGUCAUCAGGAAAGUUAAAGUAAAAAGCUUGCAGAAGAAACGGGAGCGAGAAUCCUGCUGGGCCCAGGUUGACUUCGCCACCACAGACAUGUCCUUCGAUAACUACCUGUUUACCAUCUCCAAAAUGACUUCAGAAGAAGACGCAGCCACCCAGGAUGCUCCCUCAGGCUCUGCUGUGACACCUGGCAACUCUGGGACCCGGAAGAGGCCCACCUCCACGUCAUCCUCACCCGAGCCCCCAGAAUUCAGCACAUUCCGGGCCUGCUAGGGGAGCCCUUCCCUCUGUCUGCGUGCCCUCCGUUCAGCCCUCCCCCUUGCGCUGGCUGGGCUUUGUAGGGUCUCAGUUCCCUCCAGCUACUUUGGGGACUUCUGGCUGCUGCUUCCUCAGGGCAGUGAACAGAGGAAAUGAAGGGGACCCCCUGGCCUUGGGACCUUCCUCGCAGAGGAGCAGGAGUGGGAGAGGGGAUGCAAGCAUCAGCCUGGAGGCUGGACAGAAAGCAGGAAGCCUCUCUGGAUUGCCAGCUUUUCAGACCACCACGGAAGGAGCUGUUAGGAUCCCUCAGCUGGGCCAUUAUGAAGUCUGAGCUCUCCACACACCCCUCCGCUUUCCUUCGUCCCAUGCCACACCUGACUUGGGUUUUUGGAGCAUAGGGUACCUGGGGGUUAUAUUCUAUGUGCCCUGCUGGCAUGCCUAAGUUAUUAAUUAUAAUGUU